CUCUGCGCGGAGCCAAUGAGGGAGCGGGACGUUGGGAAGUCGCGGUCUCCGGGAUACGGCGCGACCCCGCCGCCGGCGGCUCAGGGCGCUUCGUCUCGGAUGGCCGCGAUCGCUCGGGCGCAGAGGGUGGCCGCAGGCGGGGGGCAGGGACGCGGCGAUGCUCCCCGCAGAACCAUCACAGCCGGGCACAGCCUCUUUCCUCGCUCCCGCAGUGACCUCUCUGCGAUUGAUACAGCGUUGGAGAAGGCUGGAGGAGCUCCGUUCUGCCACAGCAGAUUCCUGAAGGUGCGCAACGAAAAUGUCCAUGGAAGCCCGUGGUGGCAGCCAUCGGGAAACGCUGCGCGGCCAGCGAGCAGGCAGGCAGCCAAGAGCGCUGCGGGCAGCGCUUCCCACGCACGCUCGAGCUCGGCUCUGAGGAAAGUGGCGCAGCUAGAAAGCAAAAUCAUGAAUCGGAAGAAGCAGAUGGAAUUGCAGAACACUGAGGUGGGCCAGAAGCCUUUGGAUGAAGAGUCCCUCUCGUCUGCUUCCAGUCAUGAACACAGUGCAAGGGGCAAGAAAUAUCUGAAGAAUUAUGCUACUGCCAGUGGAAAUAUGACCCUGAGUAAUGCCUGUUCCAAGGAAGAGGAAAGCAUCCAAAGCCCUAAAAAGAAUGUUAUGGUUAAACAACAGCCUGUUUUGGAUAGUGAUGAAGAGGAAAUGAGAGAGCUGAUGGAGAGCUCUUUGGAGUUUUCCAGCAGAAAUGAGAAUCAGAAGGUUGUUGCAAGUGGUUCUAAAUGGGGUAGAAAGAGUAAGACUCCAGUUUCAUCAGGAAUGCCUCCUCCAUCUCAUAAGAAAAUUUCACCAACAGAGGUAUCCAAAACAUCUUCUUUUCAUAGCAGAGACCCAGGGAAGGAUGGUUUUGGUAGAGUUAAUUCACCAGCCAGCAGAAACCUGUCUGUACAACAUAAUAUGAGAUCAGAAUCGCUGUCUUCCAUGAAAGACAAUUCUGUAAAGACGACUCUGCCUAGACCAGGCAGCACCAAGCAAAGCCAAACAUCACUUGGAAGUGACAGAUGUGAAAUAAAAUCAUUAGAUGAAUUGUUUUCAGAAGCAGCUGAUGCAGAAGAUUCAACCAGCAGCAGCUCAAAUGACUUCAGACUGAAUAUCCUGAGCCUUGAUGAUUUGGCACCACCUAUCACCAGUGAGGCAGCAGAGUUAAAGCAGAAGGGGACAGACGUUCAAAUGACUCAAGAAUCAAACAGAAAUUCAAAAAAAGAUACAUUCCUGGUGGAAAAGGCCCAAGCUUCUCUUAAAAUAAGCCCAGUAACUGGUGAGAAUGACGAUUCUGAAGGGGAUAUUGACAAAACCGUGACUGAAGCUGAAAUCUCUGAGCAUUUAAGUGGAGUUUCUGCAGCUUUCCCUAUGCACAAACGGGAUUAUCUUGAUCAUGACGAGAGAACUGUUAAUUCAGAAUAUUCUGAAGACUUUGAAAGGUCUUUGUCUACAACAGAGGGGGAAUCUGUAUCAAAAAUAUCAGAUGAACAUUCUGAGAGCUGCACCUAUUCUGGAAAACACCCAUCUUCAGCAUCACCACCUGUAUUGGCCAGAGCGCGGCGUGAGCAGGUACGCAGAGUAAGUGUCAGAGAAACUGCAGUUCAGACAGCGGAUCCUCCAUUCACCUAUUGCUGGCCAAAGACAAACACCUCGGCGGUGCUCGACCUGCCUGUAGGAAAUGGUUACGUUGACCCAGUACCUAUCGCCAGCCACGUCAUCAGUGCGGAUGCGGUAGAAGCCUUGACAGCGUACAGCCCCUCAGUUCUUGUGUUAAACGCCAUGUUGAAGCAGCACCUGAUGCUGACCCAGCAGUUUGUAGAGAACAUUCACCACCUUCACGUCUCCCUCGUGGAGUCGCUAGAGAAUGAGACGUUCCACUACCAUACCCUGGAGGAGGCUAAAGAGGUAUUUCUGGUAGACUAGACAGCAGCCUAGUGACAUACAUCAAGAAUCACAAAUCCCCACCUCUAACACUUGAGCAAGCACGAGAAGAAAUUUGGAAAGCACGGGAGGAGAAACUGCUUUGACUCUUUGAAGUAAAACUUACAUUUACAGAUCUCAAGCUGGAACAAGAAACCCUUCCAAAUUGCACAGAUAAAAAGUUAUAAACUGUGUAGUGGAAGGAUUUGUACUAACAGCGAUGUAUUUUAUUAUACAUAAUUUAUUUUCCUAUAUCUGAAUUUGUUACUAAUAUACAUGAUGCAGGGACAGGCUGGAACCUUCAGCCGGACUGUGUCAGUAGUCAGCAAGAAAAGAGAUGAAGAAAGCACUUCUCUGCGGCAGGAGGGCGGUAAGGCAUCGCAGUGUGCAUGUCUACCAUGGAGAUCAUGUGAGCUGUGAUCACGGUGGAAGUGAAAAGUCUACUACAGCACCCGAAGUGUACGAUCGCAGUAGGAAAACCCCAUAUCCUGACUUUAGUGCCAUAUUUAAAGAGGGUUUAUAUAUAUAAAUUAGCCUUGCCAGAUUACUGCAAAACCAAAUGCACGCACAGUUAAGAUAGAUUCCAUACAAGGAAGGCGUAUAGCCCACGUACUGGAAUCCAUUUACUCUCAAAUAUGAGCCAUCAUUUUAUUUUUAUUUAAAAAAAAGUGUUUAUUGGAAGGCAAAACAAUAAAAUUCACAAGUUGGUAACAUA